GAUUUGUAGGUGACUGGGCAGAAGAAAGAAAAUUCAGGACAAAGAAUUGACCAGGGCAGACAGCUGGAACAGUUGGAAAAUCCAGACAUUGGGGGAGGCUGGGGGCCUUUGCCUUUUUCAUUGCAAACAUGGUUAAUUCGGCAUAUCCUAUUCCUGGUGGUUUCACCGAAAUUGAAGUCUUCGCCAUUGGCACAAUCCUGCUGGUUGAAGCUUUGUUUGGGUUCUCCCUGAAUGUGUUGACCAUCGUUGCAUUCUGGAAGGUCAAGGAGAUUCAAACACCUGGCAACUUUCUGAUAUUCAACCUCGCCUUGUCUGAUUGUGGCAUUUGCAUCAAUGCUUUCAUCGCUGCUUUCUCUAGUUUCUUAAGAUAUUGGCCCUAUGGCUCUGACGGCUGCCAAAUUCAUGGGUUUCAAGGAUUUUUAACGGCCCUAACAAGCAUUAACUGUGCAGCUGCAAUUGCGUGGGACCGAUACCAUCAGUAUUGCUCCAGACGAAAAUUGCAGUGGAAUUCUGUGUUCUUCAUGGGACUGUUUGCCUGGUGUUUUGCUGGCUUUUGGUCCGCAAUGCCCCUUUUGGGAUGGGGGGCAUAUGAUUAUGAGCCUCUGAGGACCUGUUGCACUUUGGACUAUACCAAAGGAGAUAGGAAUUACAUCACAUUUCUGAUUCCUCUGGUGCUAUUCAAUUUUGUGAUCCCGAUUUUCAUCAUAUUAAUGUCCUAUCAAUCCAUUGAUAGCAAAUUCAGGAAAACAGCCCAGCUGAAGUUUAACACUGGUUUACCAGUGAAAUCUUUGGUCUUUUGCUGGGGUCCGUACUCACUUUUAAGUAUGUAUGCUGCAGUUGAAAACGUGGCACUCGUUUCGCCCAAAAUCCUAAUGAUUCCUGCUCUUGUUGCCAAGACUUCACCAACCGUGAAUGCCCUCAUUUACGCCUUGGGGAAUGAGAACUACCGAGGAGGGCUGUGGCAGUUUCUCACAGGAGAAAAAAUGGAGAAACCCAAAACUGAUGACAAAAUUAACUAAUUCAUGUUCCGCACAUGGAUUGGAGGUGUGGAGGUCAGGCCCGACCUUCAAAAUGUCACCUGUGACAAAGAGAGCUGGACGCCUCAACAUCCCAAGGAGAGCCAGAAUUGGCUCCUGCUCCCUCUGGUCUAUCAAAUACGGACAUCUCACUACAUAAUGUGUCAUGUGAUCCUUCAUUGAGAACCCCCCAAUACAGGUAGUCCUCAACGUACGACCACAAUUGAGCCCAAAAUAUCCGCCGCUAAAUGAGAUACUUGUUAAGUGAAUUUUGCCCCAUUGUAUGGCCUUUCUCACCACACUGCAGCUGUUCAGUUAGCAUCACACUUGUUACGUGAAUUCUGGCUUCCCCACUAACUUGGCUUGACAGAAGGUCAAAGGGGAACACACGACCCUGUGCAAUGUGGGUCGGUCUGGAAAAUGACCCUCAGUCGCUUUUUUUUCAUGUAACUUCAUUGUAACUUCCCACUAUCACCAAGUGGGCUGUUGUCAGGACCAGCGGUCGCUUGGCACCACAAACAAGGGCAACCUCACCAAAACAGGAUCCACAAACAGGCCACCCACAUUUUCCCCAUUGUCUGCUACGUUGUUAAAAGAGUUGCGUGGUGCAGAUGCUCCUUCCGGCGCUUGUCACUCAACCUGUAUGUCACCACCCUCUGCAGCUGCCUUUCCGUCCAUCUGUCGCUGCAAAUAAAUGGCAACCUGUCAACAGUC